CUCCCGCCCGCUCGCCUCUCUUCCCCGUGCAGCCGGACCUGCAGGUACGCCGGGAGCUCUUUGCGGCCGCCGGUCCGCAAGAAGCGGCUUCUCUCUCGCCCUGUCCGAAGGUGCGAUUCCCCGCGAAAAAUGGCUGCGAUCCCGGCUUGCGCCGCCGCCGCCGCCGCUUCCUUGCGCCGCCGGCUCCUGGUCUUGCUUUUGCUUCCUUGCCCUUUCGCGCUCUGGCUGAAGGGGAACGGCUGUGUUGCCGGCACACCGGAGGAAGCGGCGGCGGCGAUGCCCAGCUCGCCCCCUCUGCCGGAAUCCGCCUUGCAGAAACCCACCGUCUUCAUGGCCAUCCUCGCCAGGAACGCUGCCCGCUCCUUGCCCCAUUUCCUCGGCUGUCUGGAGAGGCUGCGGUACCCGAAGCGCCGGAUCGCCAUCUGGGUGGCCACUGAUCAUAACAUUGACAAUACAACUGCCAUGCUGAGAGAAUGGUUGAAGAACGUACAAAAACUCUACCACUAUGUCGAAUGGAGGCCAAUGGAUGACCCUCAGUUUUACCCAGAGGAAAUUGGACCAAAGCACUGGCCAAAUUCCAGAUUCACUCAUGUGAUGAAACUGAGACAGGCUGCUCUGAGGACUGCAAGGGAAAAGUGGUCUGACUACAUCAUGUUCAUCGAUACUGACAAUUUUCUGACCAACCCAGAAGUAUUGAAUCUAAUGAUAGCAGAGAAUAAAACUCUUGUGGCUCCAAUGCUUGAAUCUCGAGCUCUCUACUCUAACUUCUGGUGUGGAAUGACACCUCAGGGCUAUUACAAGAGGACACCAGAUUAUCCUCUGAUCAGGGAAUGGAAGAGAACUGGUUGCUUUGCAGUCCCAAUGUUACAUUCCACAUUUUUGAUUGAUCUGAGAAAAGAGGCAUCAGAUAAGCUGGCAUUUUAUCCUCCACACCAAGACUAUACCUGGACCUUUGAUGAUAUCAUUGUUUUUGCCUUCUCAAGUCGCCAAGCUGACAUUCAGAUGUACAUUUGCAACAGAGAACAUUAUGGUUACCUUCCUGUGCCGCUGAAGCCACACCAGAUGCUAGAAGAUGAAGCGGACAAUAUUGUUCACAUGCUAAGUGAAGCGAUGAUUGACCAUCCUCCAAUUGAACCCUCCAAGUUUGUCACAGUUCCUCCAAAACACCCUGAGAAGAUGGGAUUUGAUGAGAUUUUUAUGAUCAAUCUGAAGCGUCGGAAAGACAGACGGGAUCGAAUGUUGUGGACUUUAUAUGAACAGGAAAUUGAAGUCAAGCUAGUGGAAGCUGUGGAUGGAAAGAUGCUGAAUACAAGCCAGCUGAAAGCUCUAAAAAUAGAUAUGCUUCCUGGUUACCAGGAUCCAUACUCUUCUAGAGUGCUGACCAGAGGAGAGAUUGGCUGUUUCCUUAGCCACUAUUAUAUAUGGAAGGAGAUAGUAAGCAGGGAGAUGGAGAAGUGCCUAGUCAUCGAAGAUGAUGUACGCUUUGAGCAUCAGUUCAAAAAGAAGCUCACAAAGCUAAUGGAUGACAUUGAGAGAGCACAGCUUGACUGGGAUCUUAUAUAUAUAGGUCGGAAACGGAUGCAGGUGGAGCAUCCAGAAAAGGCUGUACCCAAUGUGAUGAAUCUUGUGGAAGCUGAUUACUCUUACUGGACACUGGGCUAUGCAGUCUCCUUGCAAGGAGCUCAGAAGCUAAUUGGAGCUCAACCUUUCAACAAGAUGCUCCCUGUAGAUGAAUUCUUGCCAGUCAUGUACAACAAGCACCCAAUAGCCAAAUACAUGGAACAUUAUGAACCUAGAGAUUUGAAAGCUUUCUCUGCAGAGCCUUUGCUGAUAUAUCCAACACACUACACUGGACAACCAGGUUACCUCAGUGACACAGAGACAUCUACAAUCUGGGACAACGAGACUGUGGCCACUGAUUGGGACAGGACACUCUCCCGGAAAUCACGGCAACAGGACCAGAUCCAUAAAGAUGCCCAGAACAAGAAUGCCUUGCCACCUAGACCUUCCCUUGAUGCAUCAUCCACCAGAGAUGAACUAUGACUGUUAACUAGAUCAGCUACAAGUU